GGCUGCACAGCUGGCAAUUUACAGACAGUAAAGCUGUGAGGAGUAAUUGGCUGCUAGGUGGACCACUACCCCGCAAAUUGGACCCGCGUUUGAUGGAGAAGAUGAAUUAGCAAGAGGACUGGAAUAUUUAUGCAUCUAUUGUCUUUUGGGAGUUCGUUUUGUGAACUUCUGGAUCACCAGAAUUGAAAACCCAGCUCCCCUCUCUCCCUCUCCACUGGAACCGUUAUAACCUCCUCAUACUGGAAGCAUAAGCUGAAAUAAUGGAGAAGUCAAGACGCAGGUUAGCAUUUAGCCUUCUGUUUGGGUUGUGGUUACCUUACUGUUUGGCCCAGACCACACCAUCAAACACAGCCACUCGGCCACCCACGCGAGCACCCACGCGGGCACCCACUCGGACACCCACUCGGACACCCACGCGGGCACCCACUCGGGCACCUACACAGGCACCCACACUAUCACCCACAUUGUCCCCGUCGCCCCAGCCUCAGGCCGAACGCCUAAAGGUCAGACUGUCAGGAUACCCCCGGAAACACAACGAGGGCCGGAUAGAGCUUUUCUACAAGGGAGAGUGGGGAACCAUCUGUGAUGACGACUUCACGAUAACCAACGCCCACGUGCUCUGUCGCCAAAUGGGCUUCGUCGAAGCCACAGGAUGGACCCACAGCGCCAAAUACGGCAAGGGCCUAGGGAAAAUCUGGCUCGACAACGUGCUGUGUAACGGAGGCGAGAAGAGCAUUGAAUUCUGCAAGUCUCGCGGCUGGGGCAACAGUGACUGCACUCACGAUGAGGAUGCCGGAGUCGUGUGCAAAGACGAGAGGAUUCCUGGCUUUGUGGACUCAAAUGUUAUUGACGCUCAGGUCAAUGAGAACAGGGUAGAGGAGGUGCGGCUCCGGUCCGUGGUCGCCAUGUCUAAAAAGAAGCUGCCCAUCACAGAGGGUGUGGUGGAGGUGAAGUACAAAGACGGCUGGGCGCAGAUCUGCGACCUGGGAUGGACGAUCAAAAACACUCAUGUGGUCUGCGGCAUGCUGGGAUUCCCACACGAGAGGAAAGUCAACAAGAACUUCUACAAACGUCUGAAAAAGCGGGCAGCCGAGAAAGUCUCCAGGCCAAAGGUUAAUGUUUCAGCCAGUGGAAGGCAGACAUCCAAAGCUAAAGCUAAUUCUAAAUCUAAACCGAGCAGCCCUGGCAAAAGGUUGUAUUUGGAGCGCCAGAAGCACUACUUCCACAUUCACUCUGUGGCGUGUACAGGCACAGAGGUCCACCUGGCAGCCUGUCCCCUGGAGUUUAACAGGCCGAACUCAUCAUCGACCUGUGACGGUGGAAUGCCGGCCGUCGUCAGCUGCAUGCCGGGGCCGAUGUUCAUACAAAACAAUAACAUGAAAAAGAAACCUAAAAUAUCGAGCAACGUGAGGCUGAAGGGAGGUGCCAGAGUGGGCGAGGGUCGGGUGGAGGUGCUGAAAGACAACGAGUGGGGAACAGUGUGUGACGAUCGCUGGAACCUGCAGUCGGCCAGCGUCGUCUGCAGGGAGCUCGGCUUCGGCAGUGCCAAGGAAGCACUCACCGGAGGCCGCAUGGGACAAGGAAUGGGUCCGAUCUACAUGAACGAGGUGAAGUGCGUCGGUCAGGAGAAGUCCAUCUGGAACUGCCCCUUUAAAAACAUCACAUCAGAGGACUGUCAACACAUGGAGGACGCUGCCGUCCGCUGCAACGUGCCCUACAUGGCACUCGAGAAUUCGAUCCGACUCACAGGGGGACGGACCCGUUAUGAGGGCCGUGUGGAGGUGCUGGGCAUAGACUCUAACGGGACGCAGAGCUGGGGUCUGAUCUGUGGAGAGACCUGGACCACCAAGGAGUCCACAGUGGCCUGCAGGCAGCUGGGGUUGGGCUACACUAACCAGGCCCUGAAAGAAACGUGGUACUGGGACAGCAGCAAUGUGACGGAGAUGAUAAUGAGCGGCGUGAAAUGCACGGGGAACGAGAUGUCUCUGAGUCAGUGCCAGCGUCACAAAACUGUCAGCUGCCAGAAAGCGGCUGCUAAGUUUUCAGCGGGAGUCAUCUGUUCUGAGACGGCCUCUGACCUGGUCCUGAACGCCCCUCUGGUCCAGCAGACGGUUUACAUCGAGGAUCGUCCUCUGCACAUGCUCUACUGCGCUGCUGAGGAGGACUGCCUGUCAAAGUCUGCAGCCAAGGCCAACUGGCCCUACGGACAUCGACGCCUGCUGCGUUUCUCCUCCCAGAUCCACAACAUCGGCCGGGCUGACUUCAAACCGAAGGCUGGACGCCACUCGUGGGUCUGGCACGCCUGCCAUGGCCACUACCACAGCAUGGAUAUUUUCACCCACUAUGAUCUGCUGAACUCCAAUGGUACCAAAGUGGCCGAGGGACACAAAGCCAGUUUCUGUCUGGAGGACACAGAUUGUCAGGAGGGAGUUUCAAAGCGGUACGAGUGCGCCAACUUUGGCGAUCAGGGCAUCACUGUUGGCUGCUGGGAUUUGUACCGUCACGACAUCGACUGCCAGUGGAUCGACAUCUCAGACGUCAAACCUGGAAACUACAUUCUCCAGAUUGUGAUUAAUCCAAAUCACGAAGUGGCUGAAAGCGACUUCACCAACAACGCCAUGAAAUGCAACUGCAAAUACGACGGGCAUCGAAUCUGGCUCCAUAACUGCCACAUUGGUGAUGCGUUCAGCGAGGAGGCAGAGAGGAGGUUUGAGAAAUACCCCGGGCAGCUGAAUAACCAGAUUCCCUAAUCAACAAUAAUUUCCCACCUCACUAGCUCAAAAAGCAAGACACAAACCUUUUUUGUUUCCAGAUAUUAAAAUGGAUUCCCCCCCACAUUUUAUUUUGGAGUCAUGGAAGAAGCCAACAGUAUUUUCCUGCGGUGAAUGUGUUGUAUUUUAUACUUGAAUAUUCAAGUGCUAAUUUUUUUUUCUCAGUCUAAUGUGAGCUAAUGCUUUAUUUUUUAUUACAAAACAGUUAUGAAUGUUAUGAAUGUUCCGAGUAAUGAAUGAGGUGUUGUUUUAAUAUUUUUUUAUAACCUCUUUUUGUUGGUUUAACUUUGGAGCAAGCAGGUUCAGAACUACCUGAGGUGUUACCAUUAGCUGUGACGCAUUUAAAAAAAAAAGAUCAAACCUGAGGCAGGAACAAGAACAAAUGCAGCUCUGUGAAAGACUCACUGGUCUUCAUACUGGGCAUUAUGGACAGAAGAGAUACGCUGUCACAUUUCCAGAAACCUGCAGGUGUUUCAGAGCAAACAUUCAACUAUUACCAGGUUUAUUUACUCUAAAAUGAAGGUAUUUACAUCAAUAACUUGCUUUUUCUGCCAUCUUGUUCACAGAAACAGACACACCUGCCUCCACUGUUAUAUUUUUAUGAAUGUA